CAAGCACUUCCCUUUUUAAACUUGUGCAACACUGAGGCUUAAGUUCUCAGGGUCUCCCCUCCGCAGGCGCUGGUCCUUUUAAAGGGGUCCUCAGAGAGGUGGUGGCCAGAGGAAGUCAGGACCUGGCUGGGAGGAAGAGAGGGAUGAGGGCUGCGGGACUGGGCGUCCCGGGGAGGAGGGCGGAGCAGGUGAGCUGCGGGGUGGGAGCAGGGAGUGCACUUGUACGUGACGUUGGAGUUUGCAGCAACCUCCAAGUAGGAGGCUGUGCGCGCGUGUGUGUGGAGUGGCUGCGCGGCCGGGGAGGAUGUGCGCUGCAGGGCGGCCGCCGCAGUGAGCAACGCGGCGACCGGAGCCCGGCGGGCAGCCGGGGAGGCCGGGACUGAGAGGGGCGAGCCGCUGGUGCUCCCCAGCGGCAGAGGGCCGCGUCGGCCACGGGCCCGGGAGAGACGCGCUCCAGCCGGCCCCAGGAUGUAGGCGAUCGGCGGCAGCGCUCCAGCAGGCGGCCGGCUCAUCAUGAAGAAGCACUCGGCCCGGGUGGCCCCGCUCAGCGCCUGCAACAGUCCGGUCCUGACCCUCACCAAAGUGGAAGGGGAGGAGCGCCCCCGGGACUCCCCGGGCCCGGCGGAGGCCCAGGCACCGGCCGGGGUGGAGGCCGGUGGGAGAGCGAGCCGCCGCUGCUGGACGUGCUCCCGGGCGCAGCUCAAGAAGAUCUUCUGGGGCGUGGCGGUCGUGCUGUGCGUGUGCUCCUCGUGGGCGGGCUCCACGCAGCUCGCCAAGCUGACUUUCAGGAAGUUCGACGCGCCCUUCACCCUCACGUGGUUUGCCACCAACUGGAACUUUUUAUUCUUCCCGUUGUACUACGUGGGGCACGUCUGCAAGUCCACAGAGAAGCAGUCUGUGAAGCAGCGAUACAGGGAAUGCUGUCGAUUUUUUGGAGACAAUGGCUUGACUUUGAAGGUGUUUUUUACCAAGGCAGCACCCUUUGGUGUUCUUUGGACACUCACAAACUACCUGUACUUACAUGCAAUAAAGAAAAUAAACACUACGGAUGUCUCCGUGUUGUUCUGCUGCAACAAAGCUUUUGUGUUCUUGCUCUCAUGGAUCGUUCUCAGGGACAGAUUCAUGGGAGUGAGGAUUGUGGCCGCCAUCCUCGCCAUCGCUGGCAUUGUGAUGAUGACCUACGCUGAUGGCUUCCACAGCCACUCCGUCAUCGGCAUCGCACUGGUGGUGGCCUCAGCAUCCAUGUCUGCCCUCUACAAGGUUUUGUUCAAGCUCCUCCUGGGCAGUGCUAAGUUUGGAGAAGCCGCCUUAUUUUUGUCCAUCUUGGGUGUGUUUAACAUCCUCUUCAUCACCUGCAUUCCUAUUAUCCUCUACUUUACCAAAGUGGAAUACUGGAGCUCUUUUGAUGACAUUCCAUGGGGAAACCUUUGUGGAUUUUCAGUUCUUUUAUUGACAUUCAAUAUUGUAUUAAAUUUUGGAAUCGCCGUUACAUAUCCCACUCUGAUGUCUCUUGGAAUCGUCCUCAGCGUACCUGUGAAUGCAGUGAUUGAUCACUACACCAGUCAGAUCGUCUUCAAUGGGGUCCGGGUCAUCGCCAUCAUCAUCAUCGGCCUGGGUUUUCUCCUCCUGCUCCUGCCAGAGGAGUGGGAUGCCUGGUUGAUCAAGCUGCUCACCCGACUCAAAGUGAGGAAGAAGGAGGAGCCUGCAGAGGGCGCUGCUGACCUGAGCUCAGGACCUCAGAGCAAGAACAGAAGAGCCCGCCCUUCCUUCGCCCGCUAACACCACUCAUCUAGAACUCGGUGGUAAUGACUGGGAGGUCUAUUCCUGCCGGGAGGAACCUCAGUUGGGUAAGGUGUACAUAUCUGUACAGUUUUGGUCAUCUGCGGUAAGUUCUAUGGUAUUUAUUGGCAUGUCCAAUUUGCUUGCACUUUUCCACAUCAGACCUUCCACUUAAGGGCACCAAUUCAAUACAAAAGAGAAAAGAAGAACCUCUCAGUGCUUUUCCAACGAAUGUAAAGUGGGUUUAAAAGAUCCCUGCGUAGAUCGUUUUGGAUGGCUGACGUUCUUGACAAGCCAGGGCAAGUGUUUUGAAUCUUAGCAAAUGAACAUGACAUUGUACACUGUGAUUAUUUUUCAGCUAUGGUAGGUCAUAUUUUGUUUUAUACCAGAGCUGUACUCUUAAUUUUAAGGAAUUUCAAUGAACCAAAAGAUAACUGUCAAUUUAUUUGGACGGAUGGAUGGAAGGAUGGAAGGAGGGAGGGAAGGAUGUCUGGGAUGUGAAGAGGCAAGGCAGAAAUGGAUGAUGAACAUCAAAAACUGUCAGAGGACAGGUCUGUGCCAGGUACCAGGAAGGACAAGAUAAGUCCAAGCCCCGGCUGGCCUGCUCUCACGUGUCUGUGUAAGAUCAUGCAAGAGAAAUCACAGUGCCUUCUACAGAAUUUUCGUCUUUGCCUAUGUGAAGCGAGGUGACGUGAUACGUCACUGGCGCCGUCUUAUAAUUUAGAUGUAAAAAUCUUUAGAAACAAAUAAAACUCUCUAUAUAUGUGUAUGUCUGUGUACAAAAAAAAUGACAGAGCUGAUGGCCAGUGUAUACAGAGCGUGGCCCGCGGUGUACAAUACCCAUAUAAGGUACAUUGUGCAGGAGGGGAAUUGCUGGCUGCUUUUACUUCCUGACCAAGACUGAAAAAUUAUUUACUGAAAUCUGUAAACCUUUUUAUGAAACUUUUAAGCACCAGGCUGUUUACUUACACUAUUUAGGUCUGCCAGAAAAUUCUAUCUGUGAUAGAUCUGUAAAGAGGGUCAGGGGUUAGAGUUUACUAUUUUUGAAGUUUACAUUGCUACAUAUGAAAUGGAAACAUCAUUUUGAAACGUUGUCAUAACCCAAUGGUGCAUUCUGUAACCAUGGAGUCUUUUGUUUCCUGGGGGAAAGGGGCAUUCAUGACCUGAACUUUUUAGCAAAUUAUUAUUCUCAGUUUCCAUUACCUGUUUGGCCAAACAGAUUAAUAAAAUAUUUGAAAAAGAAGCGUUCA